AUGACCGCGAGCGAUCCAUCAGAGGAGAAAACAGUCGAUUUAGAAGAUAUAUUAUCGAUGUUCAGUAUAUCCGGUAGAUAUCACUUAGAAAUAGCAGCUUUAGCAUUUUUAGUGUUCACAACUAAUUCUAUGUACUCUUCUAAUUACAUUUUCGUUGCUGAGAAAGUAAAUUACAGGCUGGGAAGAAAAACUAUACUUAUUGUAACUGGUGUACUCGGUGGAGUAUUUGGUAUAGCUAGAAGUUUUUCGCCUUGGUACUGGUUGUAUAUUGCUUUUGAAUUCUUCGAAGCUGCUUUAGGUGAUUCAUGUUCUCCAGCAUUUAUUUUGAUAACAGAAGUUAUUUCAACAAAUCAUAGGAUAAAGUUUAUUUUAUUGUGCGGUCUAGGUUACAGUUUUGGAGGUUUAACUAUUUCCUUGGCAGCAUGGCUUAUUCCAUACUGGAGAACAUUACUACAAAUGCCGUACUGGUUUGGUCUUCCGUCACUUAUAUUUGGCCUAGCAUCAUUGUUCGCUGGGCUAGUAACAUUUUUGGUGCCAGAUAUUUCAAAUGAUGUCUUAUCUGACACUAUUUGUGAAGCAGAAAAACUAGGAAAAUCGAAGAAAAUGGACUUGAAAAAAGUUAAUAUAUGA